ACGCGCUAGAAAAACAGUGCUCUUUCAGAUUCCGAGCCGUACACAACUGGCUGCGCGUAGUUCGUGUUUUGUUUCAGGAAGCGAUACUUCCGAAAGUGUAUAAAAAUCGUCCCGCUAUCUAAUUGACGCCAUCAAGGAUUAAAUGGCUAAGAUGAAUUAUCUAGUGUUCUUGCUAUUGUUUGGAUGUCAGUUGCUGACUAGAGCCGAUGAUUUACUCGACUCGGAAGAGCCACCUGAGGGCUACUAUGCGUUCAUAGAAUCACCAUCUGCCGUUCCACCGAAGGUUCGUUCGCCACCUUACACCCAUAUCAACAUGGACUGCAAGGACGCUACCAAUCCUAAGCCAUACGUCUCUGCCAAUAAUCUUUGUGGUGAUCUAAAUAAGGGCAAAAUACCACGCAAUCCAAUGCGUCAGAGCGUCAUGGGCGAGCCCUAUCCUUUUGAGCUCAUCAGAAACCAAACACUGAAGUUUUUGUCGAAAACUUUACCAGUGUUGAAGGCUGAUGAUACGCUUCCCAAGGUUACUCAGAUCAUGCCAGAUGAGUCAGUGGAUCAGUUUGAUGACAAUGGAAUUGGCCGUCGAAUGGGUAAAGGUAUUCGCAUGACCGAAGAACGUAAAGAUGAAGAAGAGCCCCGAACUCCAAGGAAGUUCUGCGAUGGUGGUGGCGUAUUCUGUGCCUUGUAUCGUGCUAUUCAGGGUGAACCCUUCAACAGUAAGCUGGUCGCUGAGCGACGUGAAGAGAUCCCUAACGCUGGCUAUCCACCACCACCACCACCACCAGCACGCUACGAAGGUCCACCAACGCCUUGCCCGGCUAAGGUAGAAUAUGCCACUCCGGUAUUCGCUAAGAACUAUCAGGGUUCUUGGAGAUACGUCGUCCAAAUUCCAUACGAAGGAUAUUUUACCCAAACCGUUGAAGUGACCCGUUGUCUUCAAGCUCGCUGCCACUAUCUCGAUGGAGGUUGUCUGUCGUCUCCUCGCUGGGUCAGCUUGCUUGUUGCCGAAAUUUUCUAUCCAAAUGCUGAAGAGUACACAACUUCUGCCCCAACGACCACUGCACCAUCGAUUCAGGACUUCCAGGCGUAUCAGCAGUACCUGCAGAAGAGAGCGGGACUUCCCACCGGAACCGAUAGUGGCUCGUAUGAGAACACCAGUAAUCAUGCCUCCCGCAAGAGCGAUCAGCAUUGCGAUGGUCACGAUGAGAUCGGAUGCUUCCAAGUUCGUCUGUACUACGACUGGUUCCUGAUACCUGGUUCUUGCAAAUGCUGGAGACCAGAUUACUUCGCGAAGUACGUCCGAAAGCGACCAACUCCUGAGCUGUAGAGCUGAACAAAAUAGCUGCGCCCAUACGAGAGAUGUUGCGUAGGUACGAGUGUUGAAUGGACUGCGACUUUAUUUAUUUAUUUAUUUUAACUUAUGUAAAUGCUAAAGCGCAAAUUUUAGAUUCAAGUUGGAGCUUAUUCGGGUAUAAAAUUUGAAUGCGCUCAUAUGUACGCUUUCUGGCGUGUUUCGGGACGUGUUUAUUCUCUCUAUCUUCUUGUUCAGAAGAAUUCUAUCCUCUUAUCUCAACUUUUCCGCUGGUUAUGGUGUUAUGGGACAAUAAUCACUGCAAGGGGCUAUCGAAGGCAUCCAUUGAGUCGGAUUUAUUUUUAGUUCUAAAGUGAUCUAGAAGUAUGACUGACUACACUGAUCUUAAAAAAAAACAACAACACGCUCUUCAUAAGACACUAUAGGAUAAGCUACAGUAGGUAAUUAUUAGAAGUGCUCUUCUCGUCUAGAGUAUCAACAGAAGCAAUGAAAUGGAAUAAUUUGUAAAUAUAAAUAUUUUAAAAA